AUGUGGUAUCAAAGAACAACUGAAAUCAUUGAUUGGAUUUGUAUAAUAAUGUUUAUUCUGGGUACACUUGGAAAUACUCUUGGUCUUAUUGUAUUUUCAUCUCGAAAAUUUCGUCGAACAACUUAUGGUCGUUUAGCAAUAGCAUCAUUAAUUAUAAAUCUUUUAUGUGUUAUUCGUUAUUCAUUACUUUUACAUUCAAAUGCUCGUCGUUGGUUAACAUAUAAAGUUGGUCAAUCAUGGUUUAAUUGUAAAUUACAUAGACUUUCAUCUUGUUUACGUGUUUUAUCAGCUUUAAUUAUUGUGGCUUGGACAUAUGAACGUUUUACUUAUGUUACAGUAAAUUAUAGAUUUUUUACAAAUCGUCCAUUUGUUAAGAGAUAUAAAUUUUAUUUUAUGGGAUUUAUAUCUUUAAUUAUUGUUGGAAUUCUUACGGGACCAACUGUUUAUUUCUAUCAACCAAGAUUAAUUAUUUUAUCAAAUCAUCAAUUUAUAUUUCAACAAAAUCUAACAUCAACUACAUCAUAUAGAUUAUUAAAUUCUUCAUAUCGGGAAGAAUAUUCAUUGAAAAAUGAAGAUUCAACAAUUAGUCAUUCAUAUCGAUCAAUAUGUACUUUAAAAGAAUCAAUUUCAACAUCAUGGAAUAGUUUCUUAAAUGAUGUUCGAUUUGGUUUUAAUUAUACAACAUUACGUUCAAUACUUUCAGAAAUAAUUCCAUCUUUUUUUGUUAUUUUAUUUGAUAUUGGAAUAAUCAUUCAUGUUGUUCUAUCAACAUCUUCGAUAUCGUCAAAUGGUUCAUCAAUAAAUACUCGUUCAAGUUAUCGUGGUUCAUUUCAAAGUAAAGAUGCUGUUCAUGGUUUAAUAGUACAUAAUCGUCCACGUACAUCAUGGAUGAAUAUCGUAUUAAUAAUGCAUUCAUUUCUUUUUUGUUUUUCAUCAUUAACAGCAACAAUUGUCUAUUGGUCAACAUCUAAUGUUCUUUUAUCAUAUUCGACAAGUGUUGUUAUAUUAUCUAAUUGUUCAUUAAACUUUUAUGUUUAUUGUUUAAGUGGAAGAUCAUUUAGAAAUGAAAUACGAAAAUUAUUUUAUCGUUAUUUUCAAUUAUAUUGUUUUGGAAGAUUUAUGAAUUUAUUUCGAACUAAAUCACAAAGAGAUGAAAUUGCACAAAUCGUUCGAAUGCGUUUAGUUAGACAUAGAAGUACUAUUAUACCUGCAUAUUCUGCUGGUCGUAAAGUAUCAUUUUCUCCUACGUGUAAUUAA